CUCAUAGUUUACCUCAUAGCCUCGUACUUACCAUAUAGUUAUUAUACCUUAUAGUGUACCUCAUAGCCUCGUACUUACCAUAUAGUUAUUAUACCUCAUAGUUUACCUCAUAGCCUCGUAUUUACCUUAUAGUUAUUAUACCUUAUAGUUUACCUCAUAGCCUCGUACUUACCAUAUAGUUAUUAUACCUCAUAGUUUACCUCAUAGCCUCGUACUUACCAUAUAGUUAUUAUACCUUAUAGUUUACCUCAUAGCCUCGUAUUUACCAUAUAGUUAUUAUACCUCAUAGUUUACCUCAUAGCCUCGUACUUACCAUAUAGUUAUUAUACCUUAUAGUUUACCUCAUAGCCUCGUACUUGCCAUAUAGUUAUUAUACCUCAUAGUUUACCUCAUAGCCUCGUACUUACCAUAUAGUUAUUAUACCUCAUAGUUUACCUCAUAGCCUCGUACUUACCAUAUAGUUAUUAUACCUCAUAGUUUACCUCAUAGCCUCGUACUUACCAUAUAGUUAUUAUACCUCAUAGUUUACCUCAUAGCCUCGUACUUACCAUAUAGUUAUUAUACCUCAUAUUUUACCUCAUAGCCUCGUACUUACCAUAUAGUUAUUAUACCUCAUAGUUUACCUCAUAGCCUCGUACUUACCUUAUAGUUUACCUCAUAGCCUCGUACUUACCUCAUAGCCUCGUACUUACCUUAUUGUUUACCUCAUAGCCUCGUACUUACCACCUCAUAGUUAUUAUAGAUAGUUUACCAUAGCUUGUACUUACCAUUAUAGACAGAGCUUAUAGUUUACCUCAGAGUCAUUAUAGAUAGUUCACUAUAGCUGGUAUUUACCACAUUGUUAUUAUAACUGAUAGUUUACCUCAGAGUCAUUAUAGUCAUUAUAGAUAGUGCUUAUCAAAGCCUUGUAUGUACCCUAUAGUACCUACCUUUCCUCAUAGCUUGUAUGUUUAUCCUUUAUAGUCUUUAUCGCCUUCAUUCUCAAUCAAUAUAGUUUUAUUUCUGUAUAAUUUCAGUGAUUUUACCUCAUAUUAUUUCUAAUACAAUAAAAGAACUAUUUCCUGUGUUCAAUAAAUAUAUUUUUGGUUAUCUUUAAUCAGCUUUUAGAGUGUUUACUUUGGGGUUUGAGGUAUAAUUUAAGGGUAAACCGAACGCCGCUUGGGUAGCCAGACCUAGAGAUAGCCAUUUCCCCCAGCGUGCCUUCACACCUGGCAUGAGGGUUGGAGGAACCUGGGAGUUGUAUCUCAAGACAAAUAUCUCCCAAGUCCUUGAGGAGGAGGCGGGGGAGGGGGAGGCAGCAGCCUUGGCCUAGGACUGAGACACGAGGAAUCCCCGAAGCCAGAGGGUUGGGAGAGACCCCAAGGGCCACCCAGCCCCACCACCUUCUGCCAGGCAGGGAAACACAAUCCAAAUCCUCCCGACAGAUCUCCAUCCAGCCUCUGAGUAAAUCCUCCAAAGAAGGAGCUCCCACCAGACUCUGAGGCAGAGAGUUCCCCUGCUGAACAGCUCUUCUUCUUACCCUCAGGAAGUCCUUCCUCGUGUUUGGGAGGAAUCCCUUUUCUUGCCGUUUGACCUCCUGGCUCCGUUGUCCCUUAGUCUCCAGAGCAGCAGAAAGGAAGCCUUUCCCCCUCCUCUUCCUCACCAAUGGGACGUCUUUUUGGAUUUUGAAACAUGCCUGCAGUAAAAUCUGGACGACAGACAGAGCUUGGAGGACUCUCCUCAAAACUAAAACUUGACAAGCCUAGCAGACAUAGUCACAUAGUGUAAAUGUACACAGAAUAAACACUUCAAACAACUCAGACCUUAUUAAGUGGUCAGAUGGUGCCCAACAACUAACAGGCUGAGAUCAAUUCCAGGAUCUUGACAGGAUUUAAUAUAUGUAGACAAUUAUACAUGUCAAGUCGUAUUAGUCUUCCUCCUCUCAGUUGGCCAGGGUGCAUAGAUGUGUUUUUAGUUUGAAGGCAAGGAGGGAGGGGGCAGAUCUUGGUUCUUUUGGGAGGGAUUUCCAGAGGAGGGGAGGAGCACGGAGGAGGCCCCCUCUCUCGUUCCCACCAGCCGUGCUUGAGUUGGGAGUGGGACUGAGAGCAGGGCCUCCUCCGCUGAUCUCAGUGCUCGGGUCGGUUUGUAAACGGAGGUGCAGCUUUGCAAAUAGUCUGUAUCUCCGUUUGCAAACUGGUUCGAGCACUGCGAUCCUAAACUCAACAAGCUCUAUGAGAUAAACAGGAGCCAGAUGAGAGCCCGAGCCUCUUCUAGAAUGAGAGAAUCGGCCAUCUACAAAGACAUUGCCCAGGGGAAGCCGAGCACUUGAUGAAUCAACCUGAACACAGCAUAUUAUUUGAGAACACAGAAAUGUUGGAUUUCCUGACAACCACCAUAUUGUACCAGUACCUGCUGCAUUUCCCACCCCCGUCUUAUACUCAAGUCAAUAGUUUUUUCCCCAGUUUUUUGUGUUAAAUUAGGUGCCUCGGCUUUUACUCGAGUAUAUACGGUACACAUUUUUCUGAAAGACAAAAGACUUUCUCUAGAAUGGAUAAGAUAUGGAUAUCUGCCAAACUCAAAACCUGUUCAAAAGACAGAAAUCCUACCCAAAACUAUCUCAGAUCAUAAUCCAGUGACUCUAGUAAUUAAAAAGAAAGUAAAAACACUUAGAUGGCAGCUGAAUGAAUCACUACUGCAAAAGGAGGACGUAAUUGAGAAUUUUAAAGAAAAACUGAAAGAAUAUUUGGAACUUAAUUUAAAUCAAGUUGAUGUGAUGCCAGUACAGCUUAUAUUAGAGGAUACUUUAUAAAAUGCAACACUGAAAUGAGAAAGAAUAGACAGAAAUAUUUUCAGAUAAUUUCAGAUGAUAUUAAAAGAGAAGAGUUAAAGAAAAAUCCUUUGAAUUCAAACAUUCUAACUCAGAUAUAACUCCUACAAAAGACAUUAUCGAUGUUAAUGGUUAAUGAAUUGGAAACUAAAAUGAAGAAUGCAAAACAAAAAUACCUUGACUCAGCUAACAAACCAGGAGAAUGGUUAGCAUAUACAGUACAUUGAGGAAAGAAAGGCCAAAGAAUGUAAUUGUCAAGUCAUUAUUUAUUUAUUUAUUUAUUUACGGCAUUUCUACCCCGCCUUUCUCUACCCCGAAGGGGACUUACUGUUAAGAUACAACAUGACGAUAAAAUAUUAAUGGAUGAUGUCAUUAUUCAACAAGCUUUUAAACAUAAUUACAGUAAUUUAUAUAAGGCUGACCACAUAUCUCUACAAGACAUUGAGAAUAAUUUAAUUCAGCAAAAGAUGCCAAAAAUAAAUGUUCACAGUUCACAGAUUGUUAUACUUGCAGCUUUGCUGCAUUGUUGGAUUUUAAUUGGUAUGGUUGGAUUUUAUUUUGCGUGGAAAAUCUUUGCGCACCGUCUCCUUUGUAUCUGAGGAGGGAUUGUUCAUUGUUGGGCAAGUGUUAGUCACCAGGCAACGGGCACCUUCCCUCUUCCCCUGGCUUUGCUACAGCACGAGUCUUGUUCUUCAUGUUCCAUGAGAUCUUUCUCUGUUCAACUCCUGAAGAGAUUUUCCUCUCAUUUGUCUGCAGGUAACUUCUAAACAAGUUCUGCAAAGAACACCUUGUGAGAGCUUUGCCCAAGGAGUGCUCUAAGUUGAAAGUGACUUCAAGAUGCACAGCAAUGACAACAAGAAGAAAUAAGUAGUAGAAAAUACAUUUCAAGCUACAUACCUGUGCAAUUAAGGGGGGAAAUAAGAUUGUGCUGAAGAAAGAGAAGCUUGCUGAAAGUGAGCAGAAGGCUACAGCAAUACAAAGACUGUGCUGUUCGGGAGGUUGUAUCUGUGAACUGCUGGCAUAAUAUUUGAAUUAUAAUUGUAAAAGAAUGGCAAGUCCUCUGCCUCCCUAUCCUAGAUCACACACAGGGGAGAAGUUACAUCAAUGUAUGGAAUGUGGGAAACAAUUUGAUUGGAAAAGUUCUCUUACUGUACAUGAACGGACCCACACAGGGGAGAAGCCCUAUAAAUGCAUGGAAUGUGGAGAAAGCUUCAGUCAGAGUGGCAGUCUACGUUCCCAUCAAAGGACCCAUACAGGGGAGAAGCCCUAUAAAUGCAUGGAAUGUGGAGAAAGCUUCAGUAAGAGUGGCAGUCUACAGUCCCAUCAAAGGACCCACACAGGGGAAAAGCCCUAUAAAUGCAUAGAAUGUGGAGAAAGCUUCAGUCGGAGUGACAGUCUACGUUCCCAUCAAAGGACCCACACAGGGGAGAAGCCAUAUAAAUGCAUGGAAUGUGGAAAGAGCUUCAGUCACAGUGGCAGUCUACGUUCCCAUCAAAGGACCCACACAGGGGAGAAGCCAUAUAAAUGCAUGGAAUGUGGAAAGAGCUUCAGUCGGAGUGAACAUCUACGUUCCCAUCAAAGGACCCACACAGGGGAGAAGCCAUAUAAAUGCAUGGAAUGUGGAGAAAGCUUCAGUCGGAGUGGACAUCUACGUUCCCAUCAAAGGACUCACACAGGGGAGAAGCCAUAUAAAUGCAUAGAAUGUGGAAAGAGCUGCAGUCGGAGUGAACAUCUACGUUCCCAUCAAAGGACUCACACAGGGGAGAAGCCAUAUAAAUGCAUGGAAUGUGGGAAGAGCUUCAGUGAGAGGAGCAGUUUACGUUCCCAUCAAAGGACGCACACAGGGGAGAAGCCAUAUAAAUGCAUAGAAUGUGGGAAGAGCUUCAGUGAGAGGAACAGUUUACGUUCCCAUCAAAGGACGCACACAGGGGAGAAGCCAUAUAAAUGCAUAGAAUGUGGAAAGAGCUUCAGUCGGAGUGACAAACUACGUUCCCAUCAAAGGAGCCACUUGGGGAAGAAGCCCUAUUAAUGCAUAGAAUGUGAAAAGAGCUUCAGUCAGAGUGGCCAUCUGCGUUCCCAUCAAAGGACCCGCACAGGGGAUAAGCCACAUAAAUGCACCGAAUGUGAAAAGAGCUUUAGAGAAAGUUCACACAGUAGACAUCGCAGAACUCAUGUACCUCUAGAGGAGACGGGCCUUUGAGUUUCCAAGCUCUCUGAAAAAGCAUUGCAAGGAAAGAGGAAGGCCAGCACCUCUCCCCCGGAACUGCAAUUUGUGUGGCCUUGGUUAAUGGCUACUGGGAGCAGGUGUCACUCAGAGGGGCUCUUAGCAAGAUUCAAAGGGGUUCACCUAACCUCCUGCUUAAGGAGACCCCUCGCAGGCUUCUAGGAUGAUUUGUGAACGUUUGCUGAAAUGUGCAGCAGCUGAGAUCUCUGGAUAAAAGGUUCUGAAAAGGAAUAGCUCUUUGGUUGCAGAUAACAUAUCUUCAUACUCCUUACUCAUGUCUUGGCUCUACUGCAUUUAACAGCAUUGAAUGUUUGCCGUGCAUGUGUACUGUGUGCACUGUGAUCUGCCCUGCGUCCCUUUGGGGGGAUAGGGCAGAAUAUGAAUAAGAUAUUAUUAUUACUGUCCCUUGGUUAAAAUUUUGGACUCUAGCCCUGUACCUGUAACCCUUUUCUGGACUUUGUUGUAUACUGAAGUGUUGACUCUAAAUUCUGGAUGGACGUCCUGGUUUCAUUUAUUAACCAGAACUUUGUUUGUAUCCCUGACUUUCUGGCUUGACUUUGGGACCCUAAAUUCUGUUCGUACUCCUGAUUUCUUGGUUGUUAUUUGAUCAGCUGUGCUGAAUGAACUCCUGGCAUGUGGCUAUUGGACUGUAACCUUGGGCCUUGUUAAUUUUUGCUCCGGACCUGGAUCUGCAGUACUCGACUUGUCUGCAUUAAUUGGACUCUUGAUCUGCACUUGUGUUCAUUGUUCCUUCGACUGUGUUGCUGCAAUUGUAAUAUUUUAGCUCAGCCUUUUUUUGACCAGGGACCACUUUGACCAGAGACCACUCUCCAAAAUUAGUACCAAAAGGGUUACAAAUCAAUUUUGGUCAACUUUAGAUUUGGUUUUGUUAUUUGAAAACUGCAUUGGAUAGACCACAUCAGCUCUAGUUCCUGAUACAGAACAUAUGCCACCCAGUAGUCGUCAUCUGCUUGCCCACAGAAAACCAUAUUUAAUAAGCCUGUAGUAACGGUGAGGCUGUGGACCCUAUUUUAGUUCUUUCGGACCACUGGUUGUCCAUAGACAGGUUGGGAACCACUGUUUUAGCCAGACUGAAGACUUUAGUUUUCCUAUAAGUUCAUAUGGUCUUGGCUUAUCUUGUGUUUGUUUAAUAAACCUCAGACUUUAUACCGAGAGAGCCCUGGAACAUGAGACCAUCCCUCUUGCUUUGUGUGUACUUAUCCCUGUGUAGAGUGAAACCCUUUCUGGAUAUGAGGCUAUUCAAUCCCCACCUUUAGCAAAGGGUCCAUUAGGAUACACAGUAUCCCUCCCCAACUGCAGGGAAUGGAAGACAAAGAAUGGUGACAACGACUGAUGAAGAUUUAUGAAUCAGUUGAGAUGGACACAUUAACUACAUUGGUUUAGUGUAGAACAGCAUUGAAAGGAAAUAAGAGUAGAGAUUCAAAUCAUAUAGUGAGUGAGAGUUUUGUAGACUAGUGUUUGAUGUCAGUUUUGUUGUCAUUGUGCAAGGUGUGUGUCCUUGUUCCCUUUAUAUUUGUUAAAUAAUCCUUUAAAAAAAAUGUACCAAAAUUAUCAUUUGUGUAAAAAUACUGUUUUUAAAUACCAAAAUUGUAAUUUGUGUAAACAUGCUUGGAUUUGCUUUCUUUCUUUAGUCUUUGAAUAAAUAUUGUUUUUUUU